CACCUGUAGCCUACUUGUCAGACAAGUAAAUACGAUUUUGCUAAGUCAUUUGGUGCUGCGGUUUUAUCCUAUUUGACUAUAUUUGCAUUGUACAGCCUACUGUAAUCACUUGACAGUUCACAGCCAUCACCAUUCCCCCCUAGCGCACCAUUGUCGCACUACACAUUUUCCUUUCUCUCAUCAUGUAAGUGCUGCCCCCUUGUACAACGGCGUGAACCCGGGCUGGUUCCCGACUGUACCGUGUGCUUGAAGGGAGAAAUAUGCAAUUUACAUUUCUGGAUGAAAUCUCUUCUUGGAAUGGUUUACCUCCAGUGAAGGUUGAUGUUUCCUAGUCGGGAAUCCCCAGGGUUGCUUUCAAGAUUGACACCCGACAGCUUGCGGCCUCUGCCAAUCUCCUGAGCGAGCUCCGCCUGCCACCGGACAAGACUGCCCACAAGCUCCCGCUGCGUCUGCCUGCGGCAAAGCCCAGCAACCUCCGCGAGGCCCUUGGCCAGUCGCCCGGGAGGAAGGACCUCGUCGCCAUGGACACGGAGUCCACCUACUCAGGGUACUCGUACUACUCUGGUCGCUCCCGGGGAUCCCACAGACAUGGGGAGCGCAGCCGCGACCACCACAAGUCACGCAGCAAGGAUGGCAGCCGCUCGGAGAAGUCUGUCACCAUCAACGCACCGCCAGCAGAACCGCUGCUGGGAGACUCGUCUUAUUUAACACUGACUCCUCUCUCUCCCCCCCAAUCCCAGGAUGACAACUGGGGUGAGACCACCACGGCCGUCACGGGGACGUCGGAACACAGCCUGUCCCAAGAGGACAUUGUCCGGAUCACCAAGGACCUGGAGGACAGCGUGGGCCUGGACUGCCGGCGCUACUUUAGCCUGACCCUGGCUGUGGUUCUGGGCCUGCUGGUCUUCCUCACUCCCCUGGCCUUCCUGGCUCUCCCCCACCUCCUCUGGCCUGACAAGCUCCUGGUGUGCGGCACGGCCUGCGAGGGCCUCUUUAUUUCCGUGGCGUUUAAAUUGUUGAUACUGCUGUUGGCCGUUUGGGCGCUGUUCUUCCGGGCUCCGCGCGCCGGCCUGCCCCGGGUGUUUGUGUUCAGAGCGCUGCUGGCCGUGCUGGUGCUGCUGUUCGUCGUGUCCUACUGGCUGUUCUACGGCGUGAGGAUACUGGACUCACAGGAUGAGAACUACCAGGGCAUCGUGCAGUACGCUGUGUCUCUAGUGGACGCUCUGCUCUUCAUCCACUACCUGGCCAUCGUUCUGCUGGAGCUCAGGCAGCUGCAGCCCGCCUUCUCUGUCUGCGUCACGCGCUCCACCGACGGAGAGACACGCCACUACAACCUGGGCCAGCUCAGUAUUCAGCGGGCAGCAUUGGCCAUCAUAGAGAACUACUACAGAGACUUCUCUGUCCACAACCCGGCCCUGCUCACCGCCUCGAAGUCCCGGGCCGCUAAGCACCUGGCCGGCCUCAAGGUGUAUAAUGUGGAUGGCCCUGGGAACAACGCAGCGACCGGAUUGGCCCACUCCCAGUCUCGGGCUAUGAUUGCCGCUGCCGCCCGCCGCCGAGACACCAAUCACAACGAGCUGUACUACGAGGAGGCGGAGCACGAGAGACACGUCCGUAAACGCAAGGCCCGACUGGUGGUGGCGGUAGAGGAGGCCUUCACACACAUCAAGCGCAUGCAGGAGGAGGAGCAGAAGAAAGCCCCCGGGGACGUGAUGGACCCCCGCGAGGCCGCCCAGGCCAUCUUCCCCUCCAUGGCCCGCUCCCUGCAGAAGUACCUUCGCACCACCAGGCAGCAGCACUGCCACAGCAUGGAAAGCAUCCAGCAGCACCUGGCCUUCUGCAUCACCAACAACAUGACUCCCAAGGCCUUCCUGGAGAGUUACCUGAACCCCGGGCCCACCCUGCAGUACGGCCGCGAACGCUGGCUGGCCCGGCAGUGGACUCUGGUCAGCGAGGCGUCGGUCACCAGCGGCCUCAAGGAGGGCGCCAUCUUCCUCCUCAAGUGCAUAGACUUCAGCCUGGUGGUGACUACCAAAAGGAUCCCCUACAUCCAGCUUUCAGAGGAGUUCAUCGACCCCAAGUCGCACAAGUUCGUCCUGCGGCUACAGUCAGAGACCUCUGUGUAGAACUGGAUAACUGUUUUUACCACCACACACCUUUUUUUUUGUUUUCAAAAUGGUUUUAUUUUAGGUUUGCGGUUUUAUUUGAGGAUUUUUUUUUUAUAUAUUAUAUAUGAAUAUAUAUUACACACACGUUGGAAAAUAUUGUCCUUUUUAUCUAUGGUUUACCUGGUUUGAGUUAAUAUAAAAAAAGAUAUAUACACCGGUGAUGAAUUUGACUUGUCUUGCAUGCACACACACACAGAAGAUUGAACUGAACUCUGUGGAGAUGGAUCUAUAGAUGAACAAUGUGUGCAGCACACAACUGCAGAUGUGUCAAUGUCUAUGAACACCGUUGUUCCACCUCUGAAAGACUGAUGCAGAGCUCAAGACGAGGAAUUGUUUUGAUUCCAUGGCUCAAGACGGGGACAUCUCACCGAGGAGUCAAAUGACACUACUGUUGCUAUGGACAUUGCUUCAUUCCCUCUCAGCUAAACCACUACAGAUGGUGAACUGACACUAUUUAACUUCUGGACAAAAUGUAUCUUUUAACACAAACCGUCUCAGGCCUGUCUGCUGUUCUGAAACUAUAGCUACUUAAUUUACUUUUCUUUUGCGUUACAUGCACAUGUUCUCUACAUCUGUAUAUUGAUUAUGUAUAAACACAUUGUGAUAUAAUGUUGUUUAAGUCUGUGUACUGGGUCAAUCUCCAUCCCAUUUCCUUAUAUCCCGAUCUGUGGAUGUACAGAGUAAGACAUGAAUAUCAGUAGCCUUCGUUGUUAAUCAAAACCCUUGUUUUAGCUGUUUAUAGGUGAUUUGUUAAAUAUAUAUUCAAAUUCAAUGCCAAUUUAUAUGAUUAACCCCAAGGCUGAAGACCUUAAAUCUCCAAGGGAUCUUGCUAAAAUAUUUUUAGGCCUCCAAGUGUGUACUGUAGUACGGCUUAUGCGUACAGCAGCACGUUCCCAGGUGCAAUGUCGCAAUACAACAGCAUGUUAUACUGCAGUACAUCUCGUCCACAAGCCAGCUCUCUCCCUCUCUGUAAGGAAAGGUUAUCCUGUACUAUGUUAUGUUAUAAGUACUGCUGUCAACAUGGGGGCUCAGAAUGGUCCAUCCAUAUCCCAAAUGAACAGAUACCAAUAUACACUCAUGGCUGGUUUGUAAAGCAGAGCUCUUCAAAUGUUUAAAACCCAUAGUCACCCAUAUUAGGAAUCCGCUAGGAUCCUGAUUGCUGAUGAAACUCAAUAAUUCCAGCUUCUGUAAUGGAUUUUGGAGAUGUGCUGCUGUCUCGUUCCACUUUUCAAUUUUAAAUGGGACGUUCACACCUCCCAGCUUAGUCAUAUUUUGAUAAUGAGUCCAUUUAGGACUUUAUAUUUUCUGAAACUUGACAGCUACUUUUUUUUAUAAAGAAACACAUUCAUGCCCCGCAUAUCUCUUCUCAGGGUUCAGGCUUUCACAUCUAUCACACUUACUUUGCAUGAUAGAGCACUCCGUGAGAGAAAAUGCACAGAUACAACUAAUGUAUGACACUGAUUUGGACCACAGCCUCAAUCUGCCUGUGUACCUUGUACACGGUACGCAGAACUCUAUUGUGCAGCUAUUACCAUUUAAGGUCUAAGCGGUUAAUUAAGCUAAUCGCCUCUUGAGAUGGUGAGUACGGUACUAGGGGGUGAAGAGGAGCCUCCCUUGUAACUCACCCGUCUGGUUAGUCUUCUAUUACAAUGUCAUCAAGCGAGAUAUCAUGUUGAGCUGUGAAUCUGGGGACCUGAUAGCUUUGAGGAUGAACAUAAAAAUCCCUAAUGACAUCAGAAUCCUAUAUUCUCCCCGAAUGAAUAUGGGUAGCAGAUUGAGAUCCAUCCAGGAUGAGUUGUUUCAGAGGUGAUCAGGAUCCUAUCUACGUAAAACCUCAUAAAUCCCCAUGUAGAAUGGACUUCUGGCUUGUUGAGGUCCUCCACGGUAUUACAGCUCUGCGUGUCAUUCCUAUUUUUAAAAAACUGCCCGUCAGCGCCACCUGGCAGACAAACCAGAAGAUGUCAGACUUUGGUCUGGCAAGAGGUUACUGUUGAUGGGUGCCGACACAUUUUCACACAUUCACAAACAAACGCAUGAUACCCGUGUCCAGUUAUAGACAACCCAUUUUGAACGAUUAGCAUGUGGCUCAUAAAAGCCACUUGGAAAUGCAACUCUCUUUGUUUUCUCGUCAUGAAAACAAACAUAUUUUUAUACUUAUAGCACGGAGUCUUUUGUACCCAUAAUUGAUGGACUUUGUAUGAACCCCAACUCCUGUGACUGUGCCUCUUGUCAUUACACUGUAUGUAUUUAUGUAGCUAAGCGUGUGCAUAUGCCCUUAUCACAUGCUCAGCCUUCCCUGUAUUGACUGCAGGUUGACGUUUAUUGGGAUUAGUCUUGCCUUGGAGGCAGAACUGAGCGAUUUCCACUAGAUGUGCCAGCGGAAAAGUCCAAAUUUGCAGUAUGGCAAAAAUUCAUGAAAACAAAAAUGUGCUUUUUGCUCUUAAUUAAAGGUUAGUGUUCGCGGUGUGGUUACGAGCAGGACUUUGUGGCUGUGCCAGGUUGUGACCACUCUGUAGAGCUGCCUCCAGUACACGAGUCUUCCCAAUAAAUGCUAACCUGCGUAUUGACCUCUGUCAUGUUUUGCUGGCCUGGUCACAGAUCUGUUUGUGCUGUUACUGCCAGGUUCUGCUAACCUGGCAGUAACUGAUCUGCGACCAGGCUAAAGGUUAGCCAGGUUGCACCCAUACUGUAGAACUCUGCUUGUUACUGACCUGACAUCGCAUUGUAACCAAUGUGUCAAUUUCACUAUACAACAGGCAUUUGUGUAAAAUAAACAUUUGUAUGAACAUUCGGUAA